GUGACACUGAUUUUUCUCGAAUUCUCUUCUACGAAAAAGAAUAUAUCUCGAAAUAAAUUACUAAUACACAGACAAGAUGAUGUGAAACCCCUCCAAGACGAAAACAAAAAUAAUAUAAUAAGAGUUAUCUUUAUCAAGCACAAAUUCAAAUAACCCAAAAAACAUUUAUUUUAUUAGAAAAGAAGAAGUGACAAAUGUUGAUACAUAUUUUUAAAUAUAUGAUUAGCUUGUAGUAGUUAUACGAAAAACUUGAUAUUCUUCCCUAUUACAUGUUGAAAGAGGAAAGGAUGUCCGCUCUUCAAAACACCGUUAACAAUUCCAGUAGUAUCAGCGAGUUCUACAAUGGAAAGACUCUAUUCAUCACGGGGUGUACUGGAUUUAUGGGUAAAGUACUUUUGGAGAAGUUGCUGAGGUCCUGUCCAGGCGUAGUGAAAAUAUAUCUACUAAUCAGACCCAAAAAGGGUCAGUUAGCACAAGAACGAUUGCAACAAUUAUUACACUCACCGCUAUUUGACACAAUCAGAAAAGAACGACCGUCAGAUCUUCAAAAAGUACUACCUAUAGAAGGUGACAUAACUCAACCGGAAUUAAAUAUAAGCGUAAGCGACAGGGCCGUACUCGAACGAAGCGUCAACAUUGUUUUCCACAGCGCGGCCACUGUCAAAUUCGACGAGAAGCUCAAAUUAUCCGUUACAAUCAAUAUGUUGGGCACUCAACGUCUAGUAGAAUUGUGUAAACGUAUGGAUCAUCUCGAAGCACUGGUACACGUAUCUACAGCGUACUGUAACUGUGACAGAAACGAGGUGAAAGAAACGAUUUACCCGCCACCUAUCGAUCCAGAUCAUAUAGUGACUCUAGUAGAAACUUUGGACGAAGAACUCGUAGAUUCUUUUACUUCGAAAUUGAUAGGCAACCGACCGAAUACAUAUACGUUCACCAAAGCUCUGGCGGAAUGUUGGUUGCAAAAGAACAAAGGCGAUUUACCAAUUGUUAUUAUUAGACCCAGUAUAGUAUUGAGCAGUAUCAAGGAACCACUCAAAGGUUGGGUUGAUAACUGGAAUGGCCCUACAGGUAUCAUAGCGGCUGCAGGUAAGGGAUUAAUCAGGACAAUGUUGUGCGAUCCGAAUAAAAUAGCAGAUUUUGUACCAGUAGAUAUGGUCAUCAAUUUGAUGAUAGUAUCAGCUUGGAGGAUAGGAACCAAUUCAUACAUUAAAGAAAUUCUAUAUAAUUGUGUCUCAGGCUUAAGGAAACCGAUCAAGUGGAAGGAAUUCGUGGAGUAUAGCUUCAAGUUCAGUAGAAUGCAUCCGGUUUCAGAUGUUUCGUUUUAUCCUCAAGGUACCAUCACGUCCUACAAAUUCGUUAAUAAAAUACGACAAAUUAUUUGGCAUUGGAUUCCUGCUUACGUUAUAGACGCUGCCGUUAAAAUAUCCGGAGGCAAACCAAUUUUAAUGAGAAUACAGGAAAAAAUAGAAAAAGCUGCUACCUGCUUAGAAUACUUUACUACAAAAGAAUGGAAAUUUGACGAUGAAAAUGUACGACAAUUAGCAAUGACAUUAAACGAUUCAGAUAGAGAAGAAUUUUGUUUCGAUGUUGCCAGAAUAGAUUGGGAACAAUAUUUAGAAAAUUACGUUUUAGGAAUUAGAAGAUUUAUAUUCAAAGAGGAUGUCGCUACGUUACCGAAGGCCAGACAAAACAUCUCUAAAUUAUUUUGGACAUACAAAAUCUUGAAAGUUGUAUCAGUGAUGUGUAUGUGGUACUUUUUGACUCUCAGAUCCGCCUCGUUGAGGCGUUUAUGGGGUAACGCUCUCAGGCUUCUCAUACAUUUAGCAAGGAUGCUGCCAUUUAUAUAAAAGAAAUACAAUUUAAAAAUCUAUUAGAUUAGAAAUUAUAAUAUGCUGGUAAACAACUCCAGCUGUGACCAAACAUUUUAUAAAAGAAAAUUGUUUUUAAAAGGGCGAGGAAAAUGGAAAAUAUUGAAUAUUUCAAUGCAACAAUCGCUUUUAGUGUAAAAAGGCAGAUAAAACAAAAGCUUUCAUUUUCCUCGAAUAUAAUAGGAAGAGUAUGUAGUAGUAGUAGUACAGUGAUUGGAUUCAUUUCGAGUAUAUUUGAAAUAAUUCGAAACCUAAAACAACUAAAUUUAUAUUGAGACUAUUAAUUUUUUUAUAUUCUUUUUCUUUCCACAAAUAAGUUUCUUUAUUAAGAGAAAAUCGAAUUUGUUUGGUGAAAAAUUCAAAACAUUUCCAUUAAAAUUUCCGUUCCCAUUAAUACAUUAUGUAGUAGUUCAAAUGUCUCACAAAAUUCUCAAGUUUUAAUAUUUUUUUUUCAAAGAAUACCAGUGGGUCUAGAUCGCGUCACUGAAUAUAUACAAAUAAAUGUGAGUUAAAAAAUGAUAUGAUUUUAUAAUCUGCUGUUGAAAACGAUAGAAUGUGCUUCCAAAUUAGAAGCUUCCUUUAAACGAAUCAUAACGCACAAAGGUAAUUUAUUACCAACCAUAUCAUGAUUUAAGUAAAUUGAUUUUUAUAGUAAAAUUUAAGAGCUCUUCAUAUUUCAUGAGAUAGUUAUGGUACAAUUAGAUACCCUCUUUCGGUUGAACUAUCCGUUGUGGUAUGUUCCCAACUUUCCCCUUCAGGAUUUAGUGUACUUUUUCUUGACCUUAUCCUCAGGAAUUGAGAUCAAGUUUCUCACAUUUGGUGGGCUAUUUUAACACUUAUAUACUAAUACUAUCAGAAAUUGUAACAUAACAUUAUUUUCCUAUGAAAUGAAUACUGAAGAAAUUUCUUCAUGUGUCUUGAAUCUACUGAUUUUUCUCCUAUGUUUGAUCUCAUUAUGUCAAGAUUUGAAUUCUGAUUAAUUGAAGGAUUCACAGGUCUAAGUUUUAAUCAAAUUUUCUGUAAAUUUCAUUAUAUUCUUCCUCAAAAAUGAUUACUGCAGAAUUAUCUUCACACAAUGUCUUGAAAACUUUUUUUCUUGUACAUUUUAUCUCAUUAUGUCAAGAUUUGAAUUCUGAUUAAUUGAAGGAUUCACAGGUCUAAGUUUUAAUCAAAUUUUCUGUAAAUUUCAUUAUAUUCUUCCUCAAAAAUGAUUACUGCAGAAUUAUCUUCACAUAAUGUCUUGGAAACUUUUUUUCUUGUACAUUUUAUCUCAUUAUGUCAAGAUUUGAAUUCUGAUUAAUUGAAGGAUUCACAGGUCUAAGUUUUAAUCAAAUUUUCUGUAAAUUUCAUUAUAUUCUUCCUCAAAAAUGAUUACUGCAGAAUUAUCUUCACAUAAUGUCUUGAAAACUUUUUUUCUUGUACAUUUUAUCUCAUGGAUAAACUGAACUGAACUUCUGAGAUAUAAUUCUAUAUCAAGGGAAAUGUCUUUGUGUUGGACUUCGGAUUGUUGUACAAUUUAUUACCAAAAAUCGACUCUUCUAGUAUAAGAAUUUGUUAAGAACAUUAUAAAUAUCUGAUAAAGCAUUUCUCGGUUAUUCUUCUUUGUCAUCUACCUUCUAAGGUAUCUGAUGAAGUAUUCUUCCAACUAAUCUCCCUUGUACCUUUUUAGGUGCCUAAUAAAGUAUUUCUCCAGCUACUAUUCUUUUCCUUGCACGCCAGCUACUCUUUUUUACCUUAUAUUUUUUUAGGUGUCUGGUAUAAUGUUUCUCCAGCUUAUCUUCUUUUUUCUUGUACCUCUAUACUGCAUUAAAUAUAAUACAGAGGGAGUUUUUAUGCAUAUCUUCAAAUAAGCUUCCUUGAACUCGGAUGGCAAAAGUUUUUUUUUAUAUUGUUGUAAGCUUCCAAACUAUUUUAUGAGAUUCGGUUUAGCUGGAUAAACCAGUGAGAAAGUAAUGUGGACCAAAAUUGAUGGAUUUUGUCUUCUGAUUUCAGGGUCACAUUUAAAAAAAUAUAUAUAAAACCGAACUUUUCAUAUACACACAAAAAAAAACUUGCAACAAUGUGAUCUUCGAAAGUAACUUGCAGUUUUAUAAAAAAAUAUCGCAAGGUGUAAUUUUAGUGAUCGCUUGUUUUCCAAAAUUUUUAUAAAUAAAAUGUUUGGUCACUGUCUCAGUUUGGUUUUUCGGAACCAUCUAAUGAUGGGUCUUAUUCUGUUGACACAAACAUACAAAAUAUAUCGAAAUGUAUAUUAUGUUUUAUUAAUAUAUUAAUCCCCAAUAUGUAGUUGACAUAUCAAGUCACUACACUUUAAAAAAUGAUAAUAUACCAUAAAAAAAUACCAAGAAAGGAGAUAGUGCUGGAAUUCUUUUUCAAGAGAGGCAUGGAAAAUAGUCUUUGAAGAUUCAUUCUUAUGCAAAAUACUCCUUGGUAUAAAAUGUGGUAACGAAAUCAUUUUGAUCCUUCUUAACGCUGCAAUUAGUUACUAACUUUAGAUGUAAAUGUAAGCAUGUAUAAAAUUCAAAAUUACUGUUUAAAUUUUUGAAAACAUAUGCUGAAAACAUUUUUUUAAUUAAUCAUAGUAUGUUAUUAACAUUAAUCGCUCUUAAUAAUACACAUUUCGAAACAUUCUGUAUGGAUAAUAAUUUAUGAAAUAAUUUUAAAAAUGUUUGUGUCGCCUAUUUUUAAUUUGAUAAAAAAUAUAUCAGUUAUUUAUUCUUAAUAUUGGUAACGUUGUUAAAAAGUGCUUAGUUUUUUGUUUCUUUGUAAAGGCUAAAUAAUUUUUUGAAAACAAAAAAGGCUUGUUCAAAAAUUAUAAAUAGCAUUGUAUAUAUCAUAACACGGGAAGCAGAUAUAUAAUAUUUAGGACACUUAUGAAAUGUACUCAUUUGGAUCCUUAAAUUUACUGUUGGCUGGAUAUUUGUAAAAGUGUUCUUUUAUCUUUUUCAUUUGAGCUCACCUAUUUGAAUUAGUGACUUUUUUCCAUCUGUUUUUCAUUAUCAGACAAUUUUUUUUCUCUAAAUGAUUAAGGAAGUAAGAAGAGAGUUUUUUCAAAAAUUCCUAUUUCCACGAUAUUUCUAUUCAACUCAUUGUGAAGUUUGUAAAAUUCACAUUGUUGUCAUGAUGGUAUUAAAUAUAUUCUCAUUCUAAAAGUGAUUAUUCUAUAAUAAAAUUGUAGAUAAUAAUAAUAAUAAUAAAUAAUCAAACCUAAACUAUUUUGAAUAUCUUCUCCAACAGAAAAUUUUAAUAUCCAGUUUGAAUAGUUUAAACUGAAAUAAAUAAUUUUGUAGAUAUAUUGACAUAGCUUUACAUAGAAUAUUGUCCUGUUAAGGUAUUAUCUGAUUUUUAUAAACAUUUAGCAUCUUAAAACAAAUUUUGUAUUUUCUUAGAUUAAAAAAGCAGAUAAGAUUCCUUAAUACGGCAAUUGCCCGUCUUAUAUAAUUUAUAUUCUUCUAAUGCUGACAAGUUAAGAUUGUUCUUGUAAAAACAUUGGGAAACCAUAUUGGUAUUUAUAGGGAAAACGUGCAAAUGUUAAUAAUCCUUUGUUACUGGAUUUGACCCCUUAACACUCAAAUUUUCAAUUUGGAGAAUAAUGGGAGUCAUAGUAACCAAUUUAGCAGAUAACAUUCCGUUGUUACUGGAAUUGACCCUCAGCACACAAAUUAUGUAAUUUGGAGAAAAUGGGUGUCAUAGUGGAAAAUUAGAAGAAUCUAAUAAUCAAUUCUUACUGGAAUUGACCCCUAGCAUACAAAUUUUCAAUUUAGUGAAUAAUGGGAGUCAUAGUAACCAAUUUAGCAGUUAUUUUUAACAAUUCAGUGUUUCUGGAAGUGACUCCCUAACUCAAGAAUUAUUGAAUUUAGUGAAUAAUGGAGUUAUAGAAAAAAAUUAGCAGUUGUUAAAAAUUCAUUUUUGCUUGAAAUGACCCCUUAGCACACAAACUAUGUAAUUUGGUGAAUAAGGGGAGUCAUAGUAAAAAAUUAGCAGAUAUUAACAAUCCGUUGUUAUUGAAAUUGACCCCUAGCACACACAUUUUUAAUUUAGCGAAUAAUGGGAGUCAUAGUAACCAAUAACAAUCUAUGGUUACUGGAAGCGACCCACAGCUCACAAAUUUUCUAAUUUGGUGAAUUUCUGUAAUAAAUCCGUACUUAUAAAAUUGAAAGCUUAUUUUUCAAAAAAUUAUGUAGUCAGUAAAGAUUUUUAGGUUUAGUAAACGAAUGUAGAUUGAAUCGAUUAAAAAAAAAAGAAAA